GAUAAGACUGGGCAUUUCGUAGUCUGUAAACAUGUCAGGAACCAGGGACCAUUUCAGGACAAAGAGAAAUAAAAAGGAAACACACGCACAAAACUGGGAUAUUUUUGGGAGGCCUGGGACAAAUCAAAACCACUUUUCUGGCUCUCCCUGAGCUGGAGGCUGGACUUUGUCAUUAUUAAUAACGUUUUUGGAAUGCGUGAGUCUGUCAGGACCCGACACAAUGUUUACACAGUUUUCUGGCUGAGUCUUGUAUGAAGAAAGGAGGAGAGCCCAGUAAAAAGAGGGAAGUCUUCUCUGAACGAUCAAGUGAGGACUCCUAGGACAAGUUGAAAAGCUGGUGCUAUCUGUGAGUGGCUGCGCAUCUGCCUGCAUGUCCUUGGCUACGGUGGCACUUCAUCGAGAUCCUCCUCAGACACUGUCUCCGGUUGAGCCUGCAAUUGUUCCUCUUCGAGAGGAGGCAUGGCCAGUGAUCCCAGACUUCUUCCUCCUCCUCCUGAUCACUCCAGGAAUUCUCCAUCAAACCCAUGACACAAAGCGACUUCUUGUGGGUUCCCUCUGAGUACGGCGGGUCCCUUCUACUUUGGUGGUCCCAGGCAGCAGAGCUGGCAGCAGCAGAGCUAAAGGGGGAGAAGCAAUGGGUCCAUGGUUCUGCCUGUUAGCAGCACUGCUCUUCAUGGGAACCCAGAGCUGCCCAGAGGUCUGCAACUGUGUAGCAAAGAAGAAAUAUGGCCGCCACAUUGCAGACUGUUCUUACAGAGAACUCCAGGCUGUCCCCCUCGGCCUGCCCUCCAACGCAACGACUCUUACCUUGUCUGUUAAUCACAUCACCUCCCUGCAGGCAGACUCCUUUGUGGACCUUACUGACCUACAGGCUCUGUGGCUGUCAUACAAUGAGAUUGGUGCCAUCGCAGAUGGCACCUUUGCAUUCCUGGUGCAGCUGAGGGCCAUUGAUGUCAGCUACAACCAGAUUGUGGACUUCCCCUGGGGAGACCUCUCCAACCUCACCACUUUGCAGCUGUUGAAGCUCAGCAGCAACCGCUUGGAGAAAGUCCCGCCAGAAGCCUUCCGCACGUUGAAGGACCUGCGGUCCCUCUGGCUGAGUGGCAACAAGCUUGCUGUCCUCUCCGAGGGGACCUUUGAUUCCAUGCUUCUGUUAUCCCAGCUGCAAAUCAACCACAAUCCAUUCAAUUGCUCCUGCAAGGCCUGGUGGCUGAAGAGGUGGCUGGAGGACACUUCAGUGUCUGUCCCGGAGAAGGAAUCUAUCACGUGUGCUGCCCCUGACAAGCUGAAAGGCCUCAUUCUUGGGAGAUCCUUGAAACUGGACUGCAUGAUUCCAUCAGUCCAGUUGGCUUACCAUUCCAGCCUGGGCAACAGUGUGCUGCACGACCGACUUAUUCUCCGGUUGCACUGCAGUGCUGUGGGGAAGCCGCCACCAGAGAUCAGGUGGAAAAUCCAGACGUCCACUCAGAAUGUGGUGAUUAAUGGACCAAAUGUAGGUGAAGGGGGCAACUGGCUUUCUGAAGGGAACUCUGAGCAGAGCAAAGGGCGCUUUCUGGUCUUCAAGAAUGGCUCCAUGGCCAUCUCUGAGUUCAGUAAGGAGGAUGAAGGUAUUUAUACCUGCCAGGCCCUUAAUGACGUUGGGUCUCGUGAGGCCUCGGUCAAUGUUGCUUUGGCCGGCUCAGAGAAUCCUGCAGAAGGCUUCCUCCAGAACAACAUCCAAGCCAGCAAGCCCAGAACCAAAGCUUGUGACAAAGAAGAGCUCCUUAAACCUGACGAAAAGGUUGUAUUGAUCUACCUUACUCCUAUAGCACCAAAGGCCAGUAGCAAUGGAGGGACCCUAUGGGAGUCGUGGGCCUGGGCUAGAUUGUUUCUGGUUUUGUUGCUGGCUCUUUAUAGUUAAGACUAGGGAUGCAAGAAGGCAUUAUUUCCCAUUCCAUAGUGUAUUUGUUGCAUCAUCUUCUGCUGAAAACUACAUUUUUUGUCUUGCUAUCUAAUGUGGUGAAAUAACUUAUGUAAUUAAUUAUGUAAGUUACGUAAGUUACAUUGCCCUUACAUUCUUCCAUUCCAUUCAUUUCAGUGCAAAGGAAAUACAAUGCACAUGGGAAAAAAGAGGUUAUAAAUGAUAUAUAGUGUGCAGACAGAAAGCAGCAACAACAACAGCAAAUACCAAUCGUAUUCACUGGGUUGAUUUCUGUUCUGAAGAUGGGAUGAAUAAGUAAACAUUGGCAAUCCUCCAACAUCCCUAACUAGGAUACUUGCAAUCCAAUAUAGUGCUUCGGAAUGUAGUGCUGCAUUAUCAGUGGCAUGACUGAAAUAUAUAUAAAACGUGUCUUCAAACAAUUCUGAGUAGGUCAGGGAUUCUGCCUUAAUUAUACAGCCACGAGAGUGGCUGUAUACUAUAUCUAGCAUGGAUUUUUCACAUCCUGCCAUGUUACAUUGAAAAUAACCCCCAUGUCAUUCUGCUGCUUCCCAUAAACUCAUUUCAAAACAAAAUCUUAGAAAAUUUAUAGUCCUGAAUUCAGAAACGCUUGCUUAACAACUUUCUGUUUUCAUGGAAAUACACAAAAUACAUAGAGAGAAUCCAGAGUUUAAAGUCUAAAACAUGAGUAAAAAAAUCCAGACCACUGUUGGACUUUUUUCUGCAGUGGUCUCAUAGUUUGUUGAAAUUAAUAAAAAAUCAGCCAUGUUCACAGUUUACAUGUAAUCCUAUUACUGACCUUGCCCCAUAUUCUGACCUUCAACAUCUGCAGUUUAAAAGUUAAAAAAAUGCAUGGCUGAUUUUUAAUUAAUGUAAGAAAAUUAACAUUGGAGUCUAUGAUAAGCACAGUCAUGCCCAGUAAGAACCAACUUGUAAUCCAGUAUUGUGCAUAGGAAUGUAGUGCUGCAUUAUCAGAGGCACAGCUGAAAUAUAUAUUUCAAACAACCCUGAGUAGGUCAGGGAUUCUGCCUCAAUAUGAUUUAUACAAGACAGUUCUGAAGGUGGUAGAAACAAAUGCCCGUCCAUUCAUGAAUGUAUACAUGUCUGGGAGCCUAAGCUAAAGCUCUUCAGUCUGAAAGCCCAAAUUCUGUAAUUGGAAUCUGCUCUUGAUCUGGCUGCCAACAGUGGUGUAGUGGAGAGGGAAGGCAAAGUCAGAGCAGAACUGAUGACAUCAUCUGCCAGAGUGCCAGGGAAAUCAAAGGAUCCUUCUUGCUCUGGCAAGUGAAAGAGGUGAUAAUGGGGCUUUCAAGUUUGCCUGUGACAGAUUAACCUAGAGGAAGUCAGAGAAUAAUCAAGCAGAGGCUGAAUACAUCCUCCCUUUUCUUUGAUGGGGUUCUCAAGCCAUGCUGAUCCUAAAAAUAUUGGUUAUACUAUGCUGCUUUCCAGUGUCUAGCUGCCUGCAUUUUCCACUCUCCUUGGGGGUGUGGCUAUGGGGGCUGUCAUGAUGAGCUCCUGGACUUGAAAAUGUACCACUACACCUUUGGUUGCAAAGCAGACUUAAAUCAGCCUAAUAGUCAUUCCUACUUCCCAGGGAACCUUGGGAAUUGUAGUUCUCUGUGUAGGUAUUAGGGUCUACUAACAGAAUCUUCAGCAAAUUAAAAUCCUAGGAUUCUCUGAAGGAAGCCAUGGCACAUGAAUAGAAAACUGAUAGAAGUUUGUAGGAUAGGGGUGGAAAGAUCUGUCCAUUCCGGUUCUGUCAGUUUUUCAUUUUUCUAGUCUUAAAUUUGGUUCUCCACAUUUCUGCAGCAAUUUGUGAUUUUUAAAAAAUCCUCAUGAAAAUUCUCCAGCAUUUUAGAGCCAAUUUCUCCUAAUAAACACAUUGUCUUUGUAGACACUGUGAACUAAUGAACACAUUCUUUAAGCACUUUCUCCUCAUUUAAUGCAUUUUUGUAGCCAUUGGUUGGUUGGCAAAGUGCAUAGCAAGAUUCAAAUAAGUGCACGUUUCAAAUGAUGCCUGUGUUUUGAUUCUCAGGUUGUUUCGGAAAGUGCAAAUUUGAUAGAUUUGGCUUGAAAUGUGAAUGGAAUUUCUUGCUCAACCUUACCCCAGGGAGACUCUGAAAAUGGGACUCUACUGUCACUAAUGUUACCAUCUUUUCAGCACAGGUUAAGACAUUCUUGGUUGCCCAGACAGUUUAAAUUGUUUUUAUGGCCUCCCUUCUGUUUAAUCAUUUUGUAUUUUUAACUCUUCUCAGUUUUAUGGUUGUUUGAAAGAUAUUAUGUUGUAUUAGUAUUAUAUUGUAUAUUACUGCUGUACACUGCCUUGGAAUCUGUUGGAUGAAGAAUGGUCUAGACAUUGUUUUAAAUCAAUAAAUCCAUCAUUUUGGGUCAUUGGGGGAAGCCGAAAGUGUGGCUCAAUCCAGCUGCCCAGCCCUUGCUUAGCAUGGCCAGGUAGACCCCCCCCCCCGGAGCCCAUUGUCAGACGAGGUGCCCUGGCUCCCACCCAAGAACCAUGGCUGGUGUACUUUCUUGUAAGUAAAGAAGCCAAGCGUUAUUUUUUUAGUAGACCUGAUGGUAUAAACUCAGCAACAGGAGAGAAGCAGAGAGGAGUCCUUUGGCACCAGGGAUGAGGCAAGGAUCAAACCAUCUCAGGAGGGGAUCUUCAGGGUCCCCUUAUGCAGCUCAGGGAUGAGGCCAGGAGGCAGGACUCCAGGAUCAGGAGCUGCAAUCUGAGACUUCACAGGAGCAUGACGUUGUCCCAAUAACUGGUCCUGCCUAUCUGCUGCUCUUUGAAACGGAGGCAGGUUCAACUACUUGCGAUGUCUUGACAAGAGAUCUGGCCUGAAGCUGAUGACAGGGAAUUUUGAGGUUUGCUGGACUGGGAGUCCUUGAGGAAACUGAAGACACAAGCUUGCAGCAGAGUUAGGCCUUUAUUGGUUAUGUGCGCAGUCAGUCUCCCUUGAGUGGGCAGAGAGCUGCAACAUGGCACUGUGUGCCUGGGUUUUUUAUAUAUUCCAGGGCAAAGACAUUAGCAUUUCCCCAAUCAGGGGGCUACACAUCAGCAUUGCAUAGGCAUUACAUCAGCAUUACAUAGACAUUGCAUGAGCAUUACAAUGUCUACAUUAUGUUCUGGUCAAUUUGGCAAUGUUCAGCACUUCACCUACCAGUACAUUUUCGCUAUGAGCUAAGCAUUUCAUUUAAUGCAAUCCUUUAUACAUCUUGGAGAGUACAGGGAUGUUCAGUGUUUGUUCAGUGUUAUCUUUUAGAGUUCAAGCUGCACCAUACAUACCAGCACAGUCAGGGGAGACAGCUCCAAAGAGAAAAGGGUUCUGGCUGGCU